GAUUUUUAAUUUCCGGUUCCGUCUUAUGUGGCGGAUUGUAAUUGCUAGCAAAUUUUUGUGAAAUAGAACAGAACUACAUCAUUUUAUACGUACUUUUGUAAAAUAACUUGAAGACAGGUAUUUUCUGUAUUUAAUUACAAAAAAAUUGACUCGAAUAAGCUUUGAAUUGACGAUACAUUUUUUUAUUAAUGAUAAUAAGGUGAAUCCCUCAGUCAUGUCUUGCUCUGCUUUAUACAUCCUGGACGUUAAGGGAAAAGUUCUAGUCUGCCGAAAUUAUCGUGGGGAUAUGGAUAUGUCUUGUAUCGAUAAGUUUAUGCCGCUGUUAAUGGAGAGAGAGGAAGAGGGUUCUCAAUCACCCAUCAUUCAACACGGCUACAAUACAUACAUCUAUAUCAAAUACAACAACUUGUAUCUUGUAUCAAUUACAAGGAAGAAUGCAAAUGUUGCUCUAGUGUUUGCUUUCCUUCACAAGGUAGUUCAAGUGUUCUGUGAAUAUUUUAAAGAGUUGGAAGAAGAGUCAAUUAGAGAUAAUUUCGUCAUUAUUUAUGAACUUCUAGAUGAACUAAUGGAUUUUGGUUUUCCCCAAACAACUGAUUCAAAAAUUCUUCAAGAGUAUAUUACACAGGAGGGCCAUAAGUUGGAUGUUGCUCCUAAACCUCCAAUGGCAGUAACCAAUGCCGUUUCUUGGCGUUCUGAGGGAGUAAAAUAUCGGAAAAACGAAGUUUUUCUUGAUGUUAUUGAAUCAGUCAAUCUUCUAGUUUCGGCACAAGGAAAUGUACUCCGAUCCGAGAUAGUAGGUGCAAUAAAAAUGAGGGUAUAUCUCAGCGGAAUGCCAGAGUUGAGAUUGGGUUUAAAUGAUAAAGUUUUGUUCGAGUCAACUGGUAGAGGAAAGUCUAAAAGCGUUGAGUUAGAAGAUGUCAAAUUUCAUCAGUGUGUUAGAUUAUCGCGUUUCGAAAACGAUCGAACAAUUUCUUUUAUACCUCCCGAUGGAGAAUUCGAAUUAAUGUCAUACAGAUUGAAUACACACGUUAAACCCCUUAUUUGGGUGGAGAGCGUUAUUGAACGUCAUUCGCAUUCUCGAGUGGAAUACAUGAUCAAAGCCAAGAGUCAGUUCAAGAGGAGGUCAACGGCCAAUAAUGUUGAAAUUGUAAUUCCGGUUCCACCGGAUGCUGAUUCUCCAAAAUUUAAGUCAACUGUUGGUAGUUGUAAAUAUACACCGGAUCAGAAUGCUAUGAUAUGGACAAUAAAGAGUUUUCCGGGUGGAAAAGAAUAUUUACUAAGGGCCCAUUUUGGUUUACCUAGUGUUCAAGGGGAGGAUACAGAAGGCAGACCACCCAUUCAAGUGCGAUUUGAAAUUCCGUAUUUUACAGUUAGCGGAAUACAGGUUCGUUAUUUGAAGAUUAUCGAAAAGUCUGGCUAUCAAGCACUACCUUGGGUUCGUUACAUAACUCAGAAUGGCGACUACCAGCUAAGAACGAGCUAG